CGUUGAGUUAAUGCCAAGAUUCAACAGGGCUCAACAGCAUAGAACAUUAACUCUACUCCAAGUUGAAGAAUGGCGAGAAUUGGAGUUGCUUUUUCCGGCGGUGGCAUCCGGUCAGCGUCAUUAUGCUCGGGUGUCCUGCGCAGACUGCUGCAGAAAAAGGUCAACAUAGAUUACCUAAGCUGUUUCUCAGGGGGUGGUUACACAGGCACUGCAUACCUUGACUGGAAAUACAGACAUGGAAAGAAGGAUGACCCCGAAUGGCAUAAACAGUUUUUCGAGAACAUGCGCAACAGAAGUGGAAUCUUCUGCAACUGGAAGAAACCCUGCCAAGGAAUCUUGGAUUCGAUUAUUUUGUUCACCAUGGUGAUAUUUGUUGCUUUGAUUAUUCCAAUUCUCCUUUGGUCCUCCUACGCGUGCCCACUGGCCUUUGUAGUUGAUUUCCUGUUUGGACGUACUCUGAGAGGUGGAAGCAAGCCCUGUAAGAAACUUGCCAAGCGCAAUCCUGAUAUAUCAUUGAAAGAAUGCGAACUUGAACGCCAUGCAUCUCCAGAGGUGGUGAAUCAGCAAUUUAUCCUUUUCGCAGUUCCCAUGACGGUAGCCAUUGUCUGUGGAGUGGUGAGAGGUAUGAUCCCGAAAGGAAAAGCAUUCUUUACUUUCCUUAUCACCUCUUGUGUCGUAUUCUUCGGCCUGGUGUUCAUUCCGUGGUUUAUCGACACUUUUCUGGCUUAUAUUCCAAAUUGGAUGAAGAUCCUCAUGAUAUUUCCGACGUUUCUUGUGUGGUCUUCUUUCCCGCUCAUGCGCAGAAAUGCCACGCUGAUGUUGGUAAUUUAUGCCUACUCCUUCGUAAUUUACUGGAGGGUAUUCAAUGGAAGAGUGUUGGUGAUAGAGUACGAUGAUGAAAUAUUUUUUAUGCUGCUAGCGAUUUCAACCCUCUUUCUAUGGAGUGCACCGAUCAUUGGUACAAUACAGCAACGUAUAGGUCACGUGUACAACAGAUGGCGCAUUCAAAAAGCAUUAUACACAUCAGCAAGCGUCGGUUAUUGUGGCUGUGCCGGGAUCUCAUGGCGCGACCUCUUUCUGCGCUGCCCGAGGUGUCCACGUUCCAUGCCACGAGGAAUAAAUAUCUCCACAGCUUUGACACUGGAGGACCUUGAUGACGUGAAGCCAAUUUACAUAAGCGGUAUCACCAUAAACAAAUGGAGACGCACUAACUCCCUAAAGGAGCCAGAUUAUGAACUACUGAUGAUGUCACCUAACGGGAUUGAUCGACUUGACCGGCCAGCCAAUGAACGAGAGUUUGAUGGCAAACUGAUGCCUAUGGACAUUUACCUGUCAGAUGCCAUGGCAACAUCAGCUGCUGCCGUUGAUCAUCACAUGGGAGCGAGGGAAAGUGAUGACGCAUCCUUUAGAGAUUUAAAGGUUAUUCUCGGAAUUGCCAUGGGAACGGCCAUUGUUGCAAACGAGCGACACGAAGGAAAAAGAAAUUGUUGUAUUCAGUUCUUGCCUUUCCUUGUGGAGGUAAUCCGGAUCCUGCCUUUGGUGCUGUGUCUUAUUGUAUACUGGCACACCGACCAGCGGCGUUACUUAGCCUACGGCAUACUGUGUUUCUUUACUAUACUUGUGCUGCUCACACUGACUGCUCUUGUACCAACCGGCGGAAGUAAGCCUAGAAGGUUCGAGAGAAUCGCCAGAUGGUUCACAAUCAAUGUCGCUUACGUCAGCUUCGUCCGCAAAACCAUCGGUAUGACUAAUCAAGGUCCCAAUCCCCCGCCGGUUCUGCGUUUGAGUGACGGAGGCCAUAUUGAAAAUCUUGGUAUUCUGCCUCUUUUGAAGUUGAGACUAAAAAAAAUUGUCUCGGUCAAUGGCGGCCGUACCAUUUCUGACGGGGACUACGGAGCGACUUUGCUGGCAGGCCUGGAUAUGGCCAGGAAAAAGUUGGGUUGUUCCUUUUCUGCUAUGGAUGGACGAGACAUUGCCGAGGACAUCCGCGACAACUUUGUAGAAAAACCCCCAGGUUCACAACCAUCCAGCUACAGGUUCAAAGUCCAUUACUAUGACACCAAUCUCGAUGGCGACGGCAAAACGAAAGUGGGCGAGGGUGAAAUUCUGUUCAUUGCGCCCAGACAUCCCGACAAAUCCGUACAAAAGAAGACUUUUGAGUCUUGGGGAGAGGUGUUACGUGACAUUGAUGUUGAUCUUGAGGCUGGUCACUGGGGACCUGGGCCGGAGCUUUCGGCGGAAGAAGUCGACCGUUUGACCUUCUGUUGUUGCGAAUGUUGCCAUGGUAAUGCAUGUAGGGGAUUGUCAGAGUGGAUGUGUGGGGCGUUUCCACAGCAUUCCACCGGGAAUCAGUUUUUCACACAAACCAUGUUCACAAGCUAUCACAGGGAAGGCUAUCGCGCAUGCAUGGAGGCAGAAGCUGCUGAAUUUCUCCUUGAAGGCGAACGACCUGAGUCUGCAGCUACGGCUUUUUCUUCAAUUUAAACGGAAAAACGAGUUUGUCUCCGCGCAUCUAAAGGCUGUGUGGUGUCAAAUUGAUUGACAUAUAUAGAGAAAAAGCUGGGAACAUUUCGACUUUGGUUUAUCGAUUGUAGUAUCCCAUUAUGUUUUAACGUCUAGUUAAUGAAUUUACAUGUAGAGUUUAAUCCAACAUUUUCUAUCACCAUAGUAGAUUUGUAAUUUCAGUGUGGUGUGCGCUCUGAUUGGUGGACUGUCAUAUCGUAUCUUGUUGUAAUCACACGGUGAUUUCAAGAUCUAUCGGAUAAUAGAAAAGAUUACUAAUGCUCGAAUGGUUACCUUGAUCAGAUGUAGUAAAGCAAUAGCCCGGUGAGCAUUAACGGUAGAACGCUUGGUUCAUAUCUAAAAUAAUCACAAUUGAGUUACAGAAUGAUAUAUUCAAUGUAUACACUAAGAAACCAAGACAACGAAAACAUCAUCACAGUCAAACUGAAUGUAGUAAUCUUUCUUUCUGCAUCUCAUUAUUCGUUGGAAAUGACGAAAAAAUUCAGCUAAGUGGUGCAGUUGAUAAAUCGUGCAAUGGACAAGCCGCUAAUUUACUGGAAAAUAUUAUGAAAGCAAGUUCAACAUUGAAAUCAUAUCAAAUAUUAGAUUGUUAUUUUUUUCUAAUUUUUUUUUAAGGCCUUUCUUGCUUUCUUAGGACAGCAGGUCCACAUCAGCUAUUACAGCUGUCAAUUAAUCAACCUGCUUAAACAAAUAAAUGAAUGAAUUGCUUUCUUCCAUCUGUAACCCUUAAAAGCAGCCAGAUGUAAACCAGUGCUUUCUUCUCUGUUUGGUGGCCAUUUUUUUGAGGCUGCACUCUACUACACACGGUCACGUGGCAUGACGUACAUACUGAAACAGUCUUCUAGUCUUGGCUGAGAAAAAAAAAUCGGUCCUUAAUACAAUUACAGCCAUUUUAUACCGAACGUAAGCAAAGAAGAAACACCAUAGGAAAUCAUACACUUGAGAAAGCAAACACAUGCAAAGUUAUAACAGACAUCCGUUCGUGAGAUCUUCACGAGAUCGUUGUUAUUAUUAUCGCCAUCGUACUUGUCACGGGAUCCUGAUCGAUAUUGUCAUCGUACUUGUCACGUGAUCCUGACCGUUAUUGUCCUCGUAAACGUGAUUAUGAUCGUCACAUUCAUCGCCUGAAUCGUAUUCACCGCUCUCUGUUUCAUUUUGAGAGUGCGGUUGACGGCGAUGAUAAAACCACAUGAAUUAAAGAUCCAGGGAUUUGAA